AUGAAGACUCUCGUUCUGUUGGCGGUCCUCUUGUCCCUGGCGGAAGCCUUUUACGGAGGAUACGGCUAUCCCGUUAGCUACGGUUACGGCUAUCCUGGUGGCUAUGGUGGAUACGGCAGAUAUGGUGGGUAUGGUGGCUAUGGUGGAUAUGGCGGCUUUGGCGGCUAUGGCGGAUAUGGAUACUGAUUGCAUGAUGGAUUCCUGAUUUUAUGUUGUUCUCCGGUGCUUAUGAAUGA